CGCCGGAGGAGCAGCAAAGCACACAACCAAGCUGAGCACUUCCAAACAGAGCACAGCAAAGAAAUUCAACGAGUCAAAUUAGCAGCAAGCGAAGGGGCUCUGCAUCUGGUCAUCAACUCAUCAUGGACAAGAUCCUGGCCUUCUCCAUCCUGAGCUCGUCGCCGGCCGACAUCUCGUCGACCGGCUUCUCCACCCGCCUCUCGUGGAGGUCCUCUUCCUCCGCCGUGACCCAGAAGCAGCAGCAGCAGCAGCAGGCGGAGAAGCCGGCUCCGAGGCAGCAGGAGAAGAAGGCCGCGGAGCAGCAGGCCGGCUCGCGCCCGGCGGCCGCCGCGGAGAGGAAGCAGGCGCGGUUCGCGCCGGAGUUCGACGGGAUCAACUGCUUCGAGUCCAUAGUCUCCUUCUGAUCCUGCGGUUCAAUUGAUUAAUUCCCCUCGCCAAUUUUUUGGGUUGUGUCGCCGAGAAAUUUGUAUAGAGCUCUGUAUACACCAAGCAAGUGAAAUGGAUGAUGAUACGUUCGUUUGAUUUAUUGAUAGUUUCGAUUUCU